GGAUCCCUUCUUAAGCGCCCUCCGCCUCCUCCGCUGCGCCCGCCCUGCUCCAGUCCAGAAGAGAGAGAGGCACGAGUGGUGGCUGCCCGGGAAGCCCAGUGAUUCAAGAUGUCUCUCAAGGAGAAGCUGAUCGUAAAUGUUCACAAAGAAGAGCAGCCCCAUGCCCACAACAAGAUCACUGUGGUUGGGGUUGGUGCAGUUGGCAUGGCUUGUGCCAUAAGUAUUUUGAUGAAGGACUUGGCUGAUGAACUUGCCCUUGUUGAUGUCAUAGAGGACAAGCUGAAAGGGGAAAUGCUGGACCUCCAGCAUGGAAGCCUCUUUCUCAGGACACCAAAGAUUGUUUCUGGCAAAGACUAUGCUGUGACUGCACACUCCAAGCUGGUCAUCAUCACUGCUGGAGCACGCCAGCAAGAAGGUGAAUCUCGCCUCAACUUGGUUCAGCGCAAUGUGAACAUCUUCAAAUUCAUCAUUCCUAAUGUUGUCAAGUACAGUCCCGACUGCAAGCUGCUUGUUGUUUCCAAUCCAGUGGAUAUUCUGACCUACGUGGCAUGGAAGAUCAGUGGCUUUCCUAAGCACCGUGUUAUUGGAAGUGGUUGCAAUCUGGACUCUGCCCGUUUCCGCCACCUGAUGGCUGAAAAGUUGGCGAUCCACCCUCUCAGCUGCCAUGGCUGGAUUGUUGGGGAGCAUGGAGACUCCAGCGUGCCUGUCUGGAGUGGUGUGAAUGUUGCUGGCGUCUCUCUGAAAGGCUUACAUCCUGAAAUGGGGACUGAUGGUGACAAGGAGAACUGGAAACAGGUCCACAAGCAAGUGGUAGACAGUGCUUAUGAGGUUAUCAAGCUGAAGGGGUACACAUCCUGGGCAAUUGGUCUCUCUGUGGCUGAUCUAGCUGAAACUAUCAUGAAAAAUUUACGAAGAGUACAUCCAGUUUCUACAAUGGUAAAGGGCAUGCACGGAAUUAACGAUGAUGUCUUCCUGAGUGUUCCUUGUGUCCUGGGCUACUCAGGAAUUACAGAUGUUGUGAAAAUGACUCUGAAGAGUGAGGAGGAAGAUAAAUUGAGGAAGAGUGCAGAUACACUCUGGGGAAUCCAGAAGGAGCUUCAGUUUUAAUCCUGGUGUCCUGUCAUGUCACCACUUACUAGUAUUGAAUGGGUCUUAGUGGAUUGUUUUGUUGCACUUUUCAAAUAGGUCAAAUCCUUUAUUCUGUGUCUCAGCUACAAACACAUGCAGAGCUAAAACAACACAUACACAGUUUUCUAUUUAGUAGGAAACUUGCAGCUCCUGUGUAACACAAGCUUGAGCUGUGGCCAGAACUGGAUUGUACAUCUUACUAUAUGGCAUAGAGUAAUUCUAAUAUGCACGGAACCAAGACAGCUGAAUAAAAACCUCCUGGCCUAUCCGUAUCUAAAGUUAAUGUCACUGUUCAGCCAGUCUUCCAAAAACUCUAGGGGGAAAAACCAAAGGCUAUCUUGUGAUCAAAAAGGAUUGGCAAAGACAGACCAGUAUUCUCUGCUAAAAGGUAGCUUGAUUCUGUACUAUUGAACAAUCCCAAAUGUAUUUCCCCCAACACCGCAGCUUAUCAAAUCUUUGUGCAUACUCUUCCAGCCACCUUUGUGUAGUCUACUGAAUAGUUGUCUUAACUGUAAAGAAAAAGAACACCCUCUAUGCAACAAUUACAACUGAUGCAAUUGUCCAACUGUAGUACCAGCCCAACCAAUGAAAUAAAAAGUUAACUGCUA